GUUUCCGUGAAUCAGCAGUGUCCCAGAAGCGUUUCCCUUCUUGAGACUCCAGGGAAGUCUUGGAACACAAAGGACUUGGAGAGGGAGCUGCCAGACAGAGUUCCGAGUCUUCAUAGGCUUGCUGGAGCACAUUGCUAGGACCAAGAGAAAUCAAAGUCUGUGUGCCCUUUAAAGCUGCAAUUUUCAUGCUUUUAUUUCACAAAAAGGUAGAACUAAGAAAUAUCAAGAUUUAAAAGGUAAGUGCCUCGGAGCAUUCAGAAGAGCAACAUGGGAGAAACUGAGAAAAGGAUUGAGACCCAUAGAAUAAGAUGUCUUUCCAAGAUGAAGAUGUUUCUGUUGGCAAUAACAUGCGCAUAUGUAUCCAAGACUCUGUCUGGAUCUUAUAUGAAUUCCAUGCUCACGCAAAUAGAGAGACAAUUCAACAUUCCAACAUCUCUAGUUGGAUUUAUUAAUGGAAGCUUUGAGAUUGGAAACCUUUUGCUGAUUAUAUUUGUGAGUUACUUUGGAACCAAACUGCAUAGACCUAUAAUGAUUGGUGUUGGAUGUCUGAUCAUGGGUUUAGGGUGUUUCUUACAAUCUCUACCUCAUUUUCUUAUGGGGCGAUAUGAAUAUGAAUCUACAGUUUCAGUUUCAGGCAAUUUGUCUUCUAACAGCUUCUUGUGUGUAGAAAAUGGAACCCAGAAUUUCAGACCAACAGAAGAUCCAUCAGCUUGUGUGAAGGAAGUUAAGUCAUUAAUGUGGGUGUAUGUACUAGUGGGAAAUAUCAUACGUGGAAUUGGUGAAACUCCCAUCAUGCCUUUGGGCAUUUCCUAUAUAGAAGACUUUGCCAAAUCUGAAAACUCUCCUUUAUAUAUAGGGUUUAUAGAAACUGGAGCAAUUAUCGGUCCUUUGAUUGGACUUUUGUUAGCAUCAUUCUGCGCGAAUGUUUAUGUUGACACUGGAUCUGUGAACACAGAUGACCUGACCAUAGCUCCUACUGACACUCGUUGGGUUGGUGCCUGGUGGUUUGGCUUUUUGAUCUGUGCAGGAGUAAAUGUGCUUACUGCCAUUCCUUUUUUCUUUUUGCCAAAAACACUUCCAAAGGAAGGACUAGAGGAGAAUGUUGACGUCACUAAAGUUGAUAAGGAGGAGAAACGUAAAGAGGAGGUCAAGAAGGAAAAGGAAGGACUCACUAAAGAUUUUUUUCCAUUUAUGAAAAGCCUUUUACUCAAUCCAAUUUACAUGCUUUUCAUACUGAUUAGCAUAAUACAGUUCAAUGCAUUUGUUAAUAUGAUCUCCUUCAUGCCCAAAUAUCUGGAACAGCAGUAUGGAAAAUCAUCUUCUGAUGCUAUCUUUUUAAUAGGCAUUUAUAAUUUACCUCCAAUAUGCAUUGGAUACAUUGUUGGUGGCUUAAUUAUGAAAAAGUUCAAGAUUACAGUCAAGCAAGCUGCCCACAUAGGAUGUUGGUUAUCGCUACUUGAAUAUCUUCUCUACUAUUUGUGUUUUCUCACAACCUGUGAUAAUGCGUCAGUUGCUGGUCUAACCACAUCUUAUGAAGGAAUGCAACAUGAUUUAUAUGUGGAAAGUACUGUCUUUGCUGACUGCAACUUGAACUGUAGCUGCCCAUCUAAGAUUUGGGACCCUGUUUGUGGAGACAAUGGCUUGUCGUACAUGUCGGCCUGUCUGGCUGGUUGCAAGGAAUCCAUUGGAUCAGGGAUAAAUAUGGUGUUCCAAAACUGUAGCUGCCUUCAAUCAUCGACAAAUUCCUCUGCUGUUCUUGGACUGUGUGACAAAGGAGACACGUGUGCCCUGAUGCUCCAGUACUUUUUAAUACUGUCGACUCUCAGUAGUUUCAUUUAUUCUUUAGCUGCCAUACCCGGAUAUAUGGUUCUCUUGAGGUGUAUCAAGUCUGAAGAGAAGUCUCUUGGUGUGGGCAUACAUACAUUUUGUACAAGAGUAUUUGCUGGAAUUCCUGCACCUAUAUAUUUUGGAGCUUUAGUGGACUCCACCUGUUUACACUGGGGAACUUUGAAAUGUGGUGAGCCUGGGGCAUGCAGGAUAUACGAUUCUACUAACUUCAGGUACAUCUACCUUGGACUGCCAGCGGCACUAAGAGGAUCGAGCUAUAUUCCAGCCUUAAUGAUUCUAUUUAUUCUGAGAAAUCGCCAACUACCUGGUGAAAGUGUUUCCUCAGGGAUCAUGCAUACAGGGUCAAAGGUUACAGGGAAGCAAAGUGAACUCAAAGAUAUGCACCAAGAUUUCAAAGUUGUGAAUGCUGUUGACAUGAAAACUAAACUGUGAUGUUCGAUGACACCAUGCUUCCAGUGACGGAGAACACACUGUACAACUUCGCUGUUUUAAAAAUCAAUAGUUACCUUUCCAAGAGGCUCUGCAGGGUGACAGUUUCUUGUCCUUCAAAAGUUCAAAAUAAGCCAUUUUACUCCUGCUUCUGCGUUUCCUUGCAGACAGGACCUUAGAGCCAGUGCUAUUUCUAGUCUAGAACAAAAAGCCACCGCCUCCUUCAUGCGCGCCAGGGGUACGUUUCCCACAUCUCCUUUUCAGAGUGGUUCUAAAAGGUUCUUUUAGGAUCAUCUAUUUAAGUCCACCGCAUGUGUGCUUUUAAUGCUGAGGCUAUUCAGAGACUGGAAUUUGCAUUCUGUUUAUGAGAAGACUUAAAGAUUUUAUUCCAGUUCAUCAUUUUGAAGUGAAAGGAAUCUAGAUUUUCAUUCUAUUUAGAACGAUUCUAUAGCUUUUUCUAUUCACUCUAGACAUGAUGUUUAUCAAAUGGAUUAUAGUCAUUAAAAUGUUCUCUCUUGAUUUCGGUUAUUUUUCCAUAUUAGCACUCAUGUCAUGUAUCUGCUCAUUUUGUUCAGAGAACAUAUAAGUGUAAUCAAAUAUUAAAAAAUUAUGUAUCUAAUAUUGUUGACCUAAUUUUCAGUUAUUCCAACACCAACCAUGAAACUUCAUUUAAAACAAAUGUUUGAGAUGGAAAUUGAAAGAAUAAUAUUAUCAAAAUAUUAAUCUAUAAAAGUUGCUUUUAUAUACUCA